AGGCGCCCGGCCGCGGUGGCGUGUGGGAUGCGGGAGGACUACGCGGGAGGUCUGUCAGGCGGGCACGGGCGGGAGCAGGCGCGGGCUCAGUGUGUGAAACUUCGAGUGACGAAACAUGUCUCAGUCAGGCGAAAAAGUAAAGUUUUCCGACUCAGCAGGCUAUGUGGGAUUUGCUAAUCUGCCUAACCAGGUUCACAGGAAAUCUGUGAAGAAGGGCUUUGAAUUCACACUGAUGGUGGUUGGUGAGUCUGGCUUGGGAAAAUCCACUUUAAUUAACAGUCUGUUCCUGACUGAUCUUUAUCCAGAACGUUAUAUUCCUGGAGCUGCAGAGAAAAUAGAGAGAACGGUUCAAAUCGAAGCUUCUACAGUAGAGAUAGAGGAGCGUGGGGUGAAACUGCGUUUGACAGUAGUUGACACACCAGGAUAUGGAGAUGCCAUUAACAGCCAGGACUGCUUCAAAACAAUUAUCCAGUACAUUGACAACCAGUUUGAAAGGUACCUUCAUGAUGAAAGUGGUCUGAACAGGCGUCACAUUAUAGACAACAGAGUCCACUGCUGUUUUUAUUUCAUCUCUCCCUUUGGGCAUGGACUGAAACCAUUAGAUGUAGAAUUCAUGAAGGCUCUUCAUGGAAAAGUCAACAUUGUGCCUGUGAUUGCCAAGGCUGACACACUGACGCUGAAGGAGAGAGAAAGGCUGAAGAGAAGAGUGCUGGAUGAGAUUGCUGAACACGGCAUUAGGAUUUAUCAGCUCCCUGAUGCAGAUUCUGAUGAAGAUGAGGAGUUUAAAGAACAAACCAGAGUUUUAAAGGCUAGCAUACCUUUUGCUGUCAUUGGAUCCAAUCAACUUAUUGAGGUGAAAGGGAAAAAAAUCAGAGGCCGUCUGUAUCCCUGGGGAGUUGUUGAGGUUGAAAAUCCAGAGCACAAUGAUUUCCUUAAACUGCGCACAAUGCUGGUAACACACAUGCAAGACCUGCAGGAGGUGACCCAAGAUUUGCACUACGAGAACUUCCGUUCGGAGAGGCUGAAGCGCACUGGCAAGCCUGUUGAAGAAGAAGUGGUAGACAAGGAUAGAAUCCUCCAGCAGAAAGAGGCUGAGCUGCGCCGCAUGCAGGAGAUGAUUGCACAGAUGCAAGCCCAAAUGAGGAUGAAGCCGGGUGAUGAUUAAGAUGCUUAACAUCUGAUUGCAUCAGCAGUAUACCGUUCCGAAGUGGAUGAGUGCUCUGUUUUCUUUGACCUGAAUGAUAACAUUCAAAUGCAAAAGCUGGAUGCCGCAGAUGUUAAAACAAAGCCUGCAGACCGUGUUGUAAAACGGCUGAGUUGAUAUAUUCAGUGUUAAUCAAGUUAUUGUAUCUUUUUUGAUUCUUUUGGUAACACUGUCAUACUUAAAAAUGUGGUUUUAUUAUCCUUCCUAUACCCUUUUAUACCAAAACUGAUAAGAGUACACUGUCAUUGUGAUGGGUUUAAGGAGUUAAUCGUGUAUCUGCUAUUCUGAACAGUUUUGUGGUUAAUACUAAAAGACUUUGUGGCCUGUUUACAGUGAAUGUGUGUUUGCACAGUAUCAUAACUUUCACCUGCCAUUUUCAGUCAUUGUGUAUCCUAUCAGUUUUUCAUAACUUUCUCUGUGCUUUUAUUACUUUUGAAGUUUCAUCUCUGGUGAUUUAUAUUUGUAUCAUGUAGGAGAAAAUGCACAAAACACUGACGAUUCACCAGUGAUGCAAAGAUGCUGACAUUUCUAAAUCAUUGUGCCUUAACAUACCAUAAACACUACACAUGCCAACAACUUCUGUGAUGCCUCUGAAGAUUUGUCUUCAGGUCUCAAGUGUUGAUUGGGAGAAUUUGUGUCACAGGCAUUUUUAUCUGUCAGCUGAGCAGCGGCAUGUAUCGCAUUUUUAUAUACCAUAACCCUAAUUUUCAUUGAAGUUUUGUAAUAAAUUGUAUGGAUGUGGAAAA